AUGGUGAAUGGAGACAUAGCUAUAGUUGUAGAUGUAGAGGCCAUGAAAGUUGCCUUGAAGCCCUUAAAUUUGCCUGUAAACAAGGCCAAGAUAACAAAUAAUGUGCCUAAAAUGGAGAACCGAAGUACUCAAACUGAAAUCAGUAUAUGGGGCAAAAACAAGAUCGUUUCCUCAUUAUAUUGCCCUUUGACGGCACAACAGAGACCUAAAAGUAAAAGCAUAAUAUCUAGAGUUGCACCUGAAAGCACCAAGGAGAAGAAAUAUAAAGCAAAGCGCGGCGCAACUAAACCAAACACUAAAGUGGAAAAUUUAAAUGCUCCUUCAUCAAAGUUAAAAGAGUCAAAGCCAAAGAAAAUGAGUAGUGGGAAAAGAGCGUCAAGGCAAAAAAAAUGUACUCAGAAACCAAAAUUAAAAUAUUUGUAA